AUGUUGCCCUCAUCGAUAUCGUUCAGUGUUCGUGAUAUUUUAAACGAGAGUCAAACCGUUGAUACCAUGGAUUGUUACGGGGGUCACCAGCAGGUGCCGCAGACUUUUCACGUGUCCCACGAUUAUUACGGCUAUAACGGGGUGCAGGAUAAUCACUGGGAUGUUGAGAAGUAUAAGGAGCAGUCCCAGAUCAGCCAGAUGGGGUAUCAGAAUUACCCGGAUCUGCAUCAGGUUCAUCAUGGGGCUCAUCCCUCACCCCCGUUCGAGGCAAAUUCCGUCAUGGAAGAAGGAAAUGUCGUUACGUCGAGUAAAACAGAGCUGAGGAAGAAUCAAUCGGGGAAGAGAACGAAACGAAAACCGCGAGUGCUAUUUUCUCAGGCCCAAGUAUACGAACUAGAACAGCGAUUCAAACAGCAGCGUUACCUCUCCGCCCCAGAGCGUGAAGUGCUCGCCUCGGGUCUAAAACUCACCAGCACCCAAGUGAAAAUUUGGUUUCAAAAUCGCCGAUACAAAAACAAACGCGCAAAAAUCGAAGACGCGGAGAAGCUGCAGUCCCAAUCGCUGAAGAACCAGCCGAUCAAGAAAAUUCCCGUUCCGAUCCUGAUAAAGGACGGAAAACCGAGUGCCAGGGAUUCUUGCGGUGGAAAUUACUGGAGUGGAUUCAGACCAGACGUCAACAUUCAAGCGAUGCCGAGUGAAUUCGGGGGUGAUCUCCGCUUGAGUCCGGAGUACCGGGGGCCUGAGAUAAGAUUGGACCCCGGCAACACGGGAAGUGAAUUCAGAGACAGCACAAACCUGCCGCAGGAGCCGCACAGGCUCGUCACCGCCGACUACCGGCCCACCUUUGGAUCUCCGAUGAGGCCCAUUAAGACGGAGUACAAGCCUCCCAGUGACAUUUCUCCGUUCCCCGAUCUCAGGACAACUCCGUCCGACGACAAAUCCAGUAUUUUAAAUAAUGACAAUCGAACGAUCGCCGAUAUAUCUGCCAACGAUUUUAGCUUUUCGAGUUAUGUUAAUCCGCAGAAUUAUCAGAUGCCUUACGUUAAUUACAUCGAGCAGAUACCGAUGGAGCAGAAUCUGCAGAGACUCUGGUAG